AUGAAGACACUUUUCUCGUUUUUCACUCUUCUUAUUCUUAUUUCACCAUGUGUAUCAAAUCUUAUGGCAAAACAUGAUUCAGAGAGAAAAACUCCCUUUUCUAAUCACGGAGAAAGCCAUCAAAAUCAGCCAUAUGUGCAUUUUCGAAGUCGAAGACACAGAAAUUAUUUUAUUCCUGAGGAAUGUACUAUGUUAUGUCCAGAGCGUUGUUUAAGAAAACAUAGAUUAAUGGUAUUCUGUAGUAUUCCACAACAUAUUUGUCGUUGUAGUUCUUUUCAAAUAAGGUCCCCUCACAUUGCAACUUCUCCUAAACAAUCAUUAAAUAAAUAAACAAAUUAACAACAUCAUAUAUCCUUUUUCAGUAAAAAUCUAAAAGCGUGUUCUAGUUACUAUUUUGAGGAAUCUAAAAUUCUGAAAGCAACAAUAAGAAAACUUGUUUUUCACUUGUGGCGAAACCCCAGAUAACAAGAAAAUAAAAAUUGGACAUCUCUAACUGGGCUCAGUAAGGCCAUAAUCUAGGUUCGAAAUUUGUUUAUGAUCAAUUUUUGAUGAUGUCCACUUUAUGAACUCAUUAUGUCUACUUUUUCGAUAAAUAAGAUACAAAAUUACGAUUGAUAUAGGCAACACAAAUCCAUCUAAAGUUGUUGGGCUGAAACAAAAAAAAAAAACUUUUAAACAUGGAAACGAAAAGUAAAACAUUCAUCUUGAAUUACAAAUAUAUCGAUUACUAAAU